AUGUCACUUCUUAGUAGAUUCUUCUACAAGAGGCCUCCUGAUGGACUACUGGAGUUUGUUGACAGGAUCUAUGUUUUUGAUUCAUGCUUCAGCACUGAAGUUUUGCCUCAGGGAAUGUACCCAGUGUAUUUAAAUGGGAUUCUUACAGAGUUGCAUGAAGAGCAUGUAGAAUCCUCAUUUCUGGCAAUUAACUUCAGAGAUGGAGAUAAGAGAAGCCAGCUUGCUGAUAUACUACGUGAAUACAACAUUCCAGUCAUUGAUUACCCCCGUCAUUUUGAGGGCUGUCCUGUGCUUCCUUUAUCUCUUAUUCAGCAUUUCCUUCGUGUCUGUGAGCACUGGUUAUCCAGUGGGACCAAUCAGAACAUUAUCUUACUCCAUUGUGAAAGAGGGGCCUGGCCAUUGUUGGCUUUUCUUUUAUCUUGUCUUCUCAUCUACAAGAAAUUGAACAGCGCUGAGCAUAAAACUCUGGACAUUAUUUACCGUGAGGCACCUAAAGGGUUCCUACAGCUCUUUUCUGCCCUUAAUCCAAUGCCAUCUCAACUCCGUUACAUGCAGUAUGUAGCCAGAAGAAAUAUAUCUCCACAGUGGCCUCCAAUGGAAAGAGCACUCUCUUUGGAUUGCCUGAUUCUUCGAGCGAUUCCAAGUUUUGAUUCUGAUAAUGGAUGCAGGCCAUUAGUCCGCAUUUUUGGGCGAAAUCUUCUUGGCAAGAAUGCUAGCAUGACCAACAUGAUUUUUUCCAUGCCAAAGAAGAAAUCUCUUCGGCACUAUCGGCAGGGAGAUAUUGUUCUGGAGUGUGUACAUCUCGAUCUUGAUCCAGAGAAGGAAGUCAUGAUGUUCAGGAUAAUGUUCAAUACUGCUUUUAUACGUUCAAAUGUAUUGAUGCUGAAUAGCGAUGAUGUGGAUAUACUCUGGGGUUCAAAAGAGCGAUAUCCGAGGAAUUUUAGAGCAGAGGUGCUGUUUUGUGAAAUUGGGGGCAUAUCUCCCCCAAGGGCUCCAACAGCAACACUCAAUGGUGACGUGAAGGGUGGUUUACCAGUUGAAGCCUUUUCAGCUGUUCAAGAACUCUUCAAUGGAGUUGACUGGAUUGAAAGCAGCGAUGAUGCUGCCUAUUGGUUGCUCAAAGAAUUCUCAGCAAACUCGCUGCAAGAGAAAUUUCAAAAGCUUAUACUCAAUGACAUGAAAGAGAUCUCGAGAAUGCAAGCUAAAGUUGGUCUACAGAUGCCACUGAUGUCUCCACUUGAUUCUGAUGAAGAAAAGUAUUCUGUGGCUUCUGAUUCUGUUUCUUCAGCUGAUCAUGAGAAGGUUCAGCAUGGUGGAAACUCAUCUGACUCAGAGAAUAUUGAUCGUGAUCAUACAACUGAAGAUUUUGAAUCCAGUGCUACUCUCUCAAUGAACAGUUCAUCCCUGCCUCCCCAGCCUCAACCACCUCUGCCUCCUCAUAUGGUACCUUCUACCCUUGCUUCGCCUGUGUUGGCAACCGGGCCAAGUGAACCCCUAAUAGAAUCACUGCAGGAGCUACCAAGUAACAUGUCUCCAUCAUCACAACCUGCUCCACCGCCGCCUCCACCGCCGCCACCGCCACUGCCACAAAGUGGUAGGAAACCUGGUUCAUCUUUGCCGCCAUCACCAAGUGAGAGUAAACAUGUUCUCUCAUCACCGUCACCUCCACCACCGCCACCGCCACCGCCACCUCGGGUUAGCAGUGUAGGUCCUUCACAGCCACCGCCAUCGCCACCGCCACCACCACCACCUCGGAUUAGCAGUGUAGGUCCCACACAGCCUCCACCACCACCGCCGCCACCGCCGCCAAGUGGAAGAAAACAUAUUAUGUCAACACCACCACCGCCACCGCCGCCACCACCACCACCACCACCUCCUCGAAUUAGCAGCGUGUCUCCUUCACAGGCUCCACCCCCCCCCUGCCCCCACCGCCACUGCCAAAUUCUGGGGCAGCAAAACAGCAAAAUGUUUGUGCAGCUCCACCACCACCGCCACCUCCGGCUCCUGGAAUAG